GAUAUUCCCAGGGGGCGCAACGAAUUGCUGGCAGCAGUGGCGGAUGGCGCUCGCCCCGUCUCGUCAUCCCUUGGCCGCCAAUCCCCGUCCACCCAACCACCGUAUCCCAAAUCCCCCGUUCUCCAUCGCCUGAGCUGACACGCUCCGCUCUCCACUCCCACCCCACGGCUGGUUCCUGAGCUCGCAGCGGACCCGCCGCGCCGGCGAUGGCGAUGGAGGCCACCGGGCGCGGGGUGUUCCCGAACAAGCCCACGCUGCCGGCGGGGCCCAAGAAGCGGACGUCGGCCACCCCGCUCCUCCCGGCCGCGCCACCACCGCAGUCCCCUGCCUCUCUCCCGCUCGACUCCUUCCUCCUCCACCUCACCGCGGCGCCGCCGCCUGCCCCCGUCGUCCCGCGCCGGCAGCACCAGCACCACCAGCAGCACCCGACCCCGACCCCGGCGCACUCCUUCCUCUCCCCCGCCGCGCAGGCGCUCGUGCUCGAGCUCUCCUCGACGCCGCUCGCUUCCCUCCCGGCCUUCCUCUCCUCCCGCAAGGACGACCUCCUGCGCGCCGCCGACGUGCCUUCCCUGCUCAAGGCGCUCGAGCUCUCCGGCCACUGGGAGUGGGCCCUGGCGCUCGUCCGAUGGGUCCGUGCCGAGGGCGGCGCCGCCGAUGCCGCCGCGCUAGAGAUGGUCGUCCGCACGCUCGCCCGCGAGGGCCAGCACGACGCCGUCUGCGACCUGCUCGACGAAAUGCUGCCGCUCCCGCCCGGCUCCCCUGGCCUCGACGUCCGCGCCUACACCACCGUGCUCCACGCGCUCUCCCAUGAGGGGCGGUACGAGCGCGCUCUCGAGCUCUUCGCCGAGCUCAAGCGUGAGGGUGUGGCGCCCACGCACGUCAUGUACAACGUCAUGCUCGACGUGUACGGCCGCAUGGGCCGCUCGUGGCCGCAGAUCGUUGCGAUGCUGGAGGAGAUGAGGGCCGCAGGGGUGGAGCCUGACGGCUUCACCGCCAGCACGGUGAUUGCUGCUUGUGGCCGGGAUGGGCUCGUCGAUGAGGCGGUCGCUUUCUUCGAGGACCUCAAGUCCCGUGGCCAUGUCCCGUGUGUCGUCACCUACAAUGCUCUCCUGCAAGUGUUUGGCAAGGCCGGAAACUACAUGGAGGCACUGCGGGUGCUCAAGGAGAUGGAAGAGUCUGGCUGCAAGCCUGAUGCUGUCACUUACAAUGAACUCGCUGGAUCAUAUGCAAGGGCUGGGUUCUAUGAGGAGGCCGCCAAAUGUCUUGAUACCAUGGUCAGCAAGGGGAUAUUACCUAAUGCGUUCACGUAUAAUACAAUAAUGACAGCGUAUGGGAAUGCCGGAAAGGUGGACGAGGCGCUUGCCUUGUUUGAUUGGAUGAAGAAGAAUGGGUUUAUCCCGUAUGUGAACACGUACAAUCUUAUCCUUGGCAUGCUGGGGAAGAAAUCAAGGUUCAAUGUGAUGCUGGAGAUGCUUGGGGAGAUGUCAAGGAGCGGGUGCACACCGAAUAGGGUGACAUGGAACACAAUGCUGGCAGUCUGUGGGAAGCGAGGUAUGGAGGGCUAUGUUACUAGGGUACUUGAGAGGAUGAAGUCUUGUGGGGUUGAGCUGUGCCGAGACACCUUCAAUACACUGAUAUCUGCUUAUGGCCGGUGUGGUUCAAGGGCCAAUGCUUUCAAGAUGUAUGAUGAAAUGACCGCUGCAGGCUUCACCCCUUGCCUCACCACAUACAAUGCAUUGCUGAGUGUGCUAUCUCGGCAAGGGGAUUGGACAGCUGCUCAGUCCAUCAUAAACAAAAUGAAGAACGAGGGUUUCAAGCCAAAUGAUAUGUCAUAUUCACUAUUGCUCCAGUGCCAUGCCAAGGGGGGCAAUGCCGCUGGGAUAGAGGCCAUUGAAAAAGAAGUUUACGAAGGUACCGUCUUCCCAAGCUGGGUUAUUUUGAGAACCCUUGUGAUUUCCAACUUCAAGUGUCGGCGGCUGGAGGGGAUCGAGAGGGCAUUUCAAGAGGUCAUGGCACGGGGUCACAAGCCAGACCUUGUCAUUUUCAACUCCAUGCUGUCAAUGUAUGCAAAGAACGGGAUGUACAGAAAGGCCGGUGAGAUGUUUGAUUCCAUCAAGCAGGGCGGGCUGAGCCCUGACCUGAUCACCUACAACAGCAUGAUGGACAUGUACGCGAAGAGCAACGAGUCCUGGGAAGCCGAGAAGAUACUGAAACGGCUCAAGACCUCCCAGCUGAAGCCUGACGUCGUGUCGUACAACACCGUCAUGAACGGGUUCUGCAAGCAAGGCCUGAUCAAGGAGGCCCAGAGGAUCCUGUCCGAGAUGAUCGCCGAUGGCGUUCGUCCCUGUGUCGUGACCUACCACACGCUCGUGGGGGGUUACGCGAGCCGGGAGAUGUUCAGCGAGGCCAGGGAGGUCGUCAGCUACAUGAUCCAGCGCAACCUGAGCCCCAUGGAGCUGACCUACAGGAGAGUGGUGGACAGUUACUGCAAGGCCAAGCGCUUCGACGAAGCUCGCGGCUUCCUGUAUGAAAUCGCAGAAACCGACCGUAAUUCAGACCAGAAACUGCUCAGCACGCUCACAGCCCGUGUCGAGAGCGCCCAGUUCAGGAGAUAGUUAAAACUGUCCAUAGAUUCGUGUUCCUGCGUGUUUAUUACAGACUUUGGGCAAUUUCCAAGUUUUGGUAGGGGAGUGUAGCAUAUUGUUACUUGUGAAGAGUCUGGUGAGCCGGCAAACGGUGCUGCGAAAAAUUUACGUCAGGAAUCAGAACAAGUUUUCCUCUCAUCCUUGUGAAGCUGUGAAGUCACAUCCCUCUGUACAGAUGUUAAUUGAGAGUCUGAAUCUUGAGCUGCCCCAGAUGUAUAUCAUUUGAUUCUAGAGAAUAUAUGUAUCGUAAGGUUGAGCUGGUCCCCA